ACGGAGCGGCGCGCUCCACGGCCAAGCCCCCCGCGAGGGCGCCCGGCUCCCGAAGGCGUCCCAGGGCGCCGACUCCCAGCCGCCCCGCUUGCGCUUCUCGGGGCCACUCAGGGAAUUCCCUGCCGAGACUCGAGGGCACGGAGCCAUGCCCGGCUGCAGAGCCCUCGGGGGCUUCGGCGUCUGGGACUACCUGGUCUUCGCCGCCAUGCUGCUCAUCUCCGCCGUCAUCGGCGUUUUUUACGCCUGCGUGGGGCGCCAGGAUACCUCCAAGGAAUUCCUGGUGGGCGGCCGCCAGAUGACGGCCGUGCCGGUGGCGCUCUCCCUGACGGCCAGCUUCAUGUCCGCCGUGACCGUGCUGGGCACCCCGUCCGAGGUCUACCGUUUCGGGGCCAUGUUCAGCAUCUUCGCCAUCUCCUAUGCGCUGAUGGUCAUCCUGAGCGCCGAGAUCUUUCUGCCCGUCUUCUACCGUCUGGGCAUCACCAGCACCUACGAGUACUUAGAACUUCGAUUUAAUAGAUAUUUGCGCCUGUGUGGGACAGCACUCUUCAUUAUACUGACGAUUUUAUAUACUGGAAUUGUCAUUUAUGCUCCAGCUUUAGCUUUAAAUCAAGUUACUGGAAUGGACUUGUGGGGUGCAGUGGUUACAACAGGAAUAGUCUGUACUUUUUAUUGCACACUGGGUGGACUGAAAGCAGUAGUUUGGACAGAUGUUUUCCAAGUUGGAAUUAUGGUAGCUGGAUUUUCAGCUGUGAUUAUACGGGCAGUUGUGGUUCAAGGGGAUAUUGGACGUAUACUAAAUGAUUCCUACCAUGGAGGAAGAUUAAAUUUCUGGAACUUUAAUCCUGAUCCUUUGCAAAGACACACAUUCUGGACUAUUGUGAUCGGUGGGACUUCUACGUGGCUUGGUAUGUACGGAAUCAGCCAGUCUCAAGUUCAGCGCUACAUUGCCUGCAAAACCAGAUUUCAAGCAAAACUAUCUCUUUAUGUAAACCUUCUGGGACUCUGGGCAAUUCUUGUAUGUGCAGUGUUUUGUGGAUUAGCAAUGUAUUCUAUUUACAAGGACUGUGACCCUUGGACAGCAGCAUGUGUGUCUGCACCAGACCAGCUCAUGCCAUACUUAGUAUUGGAUAUUCUGAAAGAUUUUCCAGGUGUGCCUGGUCUUUUUGUAGCUUGUGCUUACAGUGGAACAUUAAGUACAGUGUCCUCUAGCAUCAAUGCUUUAGCUGCUGUGACAGUAGAAGACUUAAUUAAACCAUACUUUCCAUCACUCACUGAAAGAAAACUGUCUUGGAUUUCUAGAGGAAUGAGUCUUUUUUACGGUGGAGUGUGCAUUGCUAUGGCCGCCUUGGCAUCACUUCUGGGAGGUUUGUUACAGGCAGCUCUCAGUAUUUUUGGGAUGGUUGGCGGGCCUCUCCUUGGACUCUUUUCUUUGGGUAUCCUAUGCUCAUUUGCCAAUCCUGUGGGUGCUUUUGUAGGUCUCAUUUGUGGAUUCACCUCUUCACUUUGGGUUGGAAUUGGAGCUCAAAUUUACCCUCCACUUCUCCAUAGUACCAUGGCAUUAAAUUUCUCAACUGCAGGAUGCAAUUUAACCAAUGCAGGCACAGAUGGGAACUGGACUACUCCUACAAAUCUACCAUCAUUUACAGCUUUGAAUAUGCAACCACCUGAGAGACCAAUCCUUGCAGAUUAUUGGUAUUCCUUAUCCUAUUUAUACUUUAGCACACUUGGAACCCUGGUCACAGUUGCUGUGGGAAUAGUGACCAGCCUUCUGACAGGAGGAUUACGGCAGAAUGUGGAUCGGAAAUUCAUGUUAACCAAGGAGGAUUUUCUGUCUAACUUCUCAUUUCUGAAACCUAAACAGGAAGAGAAAGUCACAGUUUUAAACUGGAAGCCAUUCACCAUGCCAGAUGAAGGAAUCACUAAUCCAGCUUUCAAUCAUAUUGAAAUGAAUAUUUCAAACAGUGAAGAAAAAGUCAACAAUAGUCACAUAUAAAAAUCCUCUUGGACUCUGUUUAAGUUGGCAGCUAUUUCAGUUUACGUUUCUGAAGACAGGCACUGAGUUCAUGUCCCCAGAAAAAUUAUCAAAAUCUUAGCUGUUCACUCUAACCAGGACUCUGAGCAAGUCAUAAUUCAACUUGAUAUCAUCAGAACUGAGAGGCAAUUUCUUCAGGCAAAGAUUAUAUAGGAUGAUAUAUAACAGGGAAAACUGCAAAUAAAUGGGUAAAAAUAAAAUUAAAAUAAAAGAAUAAAUAAUG